AUGGAAUAGGAAAAUGAUUUUUGGAAAUCCUCAUUUUAGGCUAACUUUGAUUUUAAAAAGUUUCAAAGCUAUAGGAUAGAUGUAUGCCUUGACAAAAAAGCUUCCAUUGGAUCAAUAUAUUUUUCACUGGGGGAAUUAUUGUAGAAAGAAACCCAAGUCAAAGAAAAUAGUUAUUAUUCAAUAUAAUUAUAAUCAUAAUUGCUAUAGCAAGGGAACUUAGUAUACCAGCAUUGGGCAGGAGUCAAGCUGCUAAACACAGAUGGAUUAUUUGGUCGUUCAGAUCCAUUCCUGUAAUUUCAUUAAUGGGAUGGAGAAUAGUGGAAUCAAAUCCAUUAGACAGAAUAUAUUGAAAGUAAUUUAAAUCCAACUUGGAUGCCAUUCUAAUUAGAAAUGGGCUUGAUGAAUUUUUAAGAUGAAUCCAAGAAUUUUAAAAUAGAAUGUUGGGAUCAUUCCAAAAAGAAUCCCCCAAAACAUAAAUUUAUAGGAAGCUUAGAAAUUUCUAUAUCUGACAUAAUGGCAUCUCAGUCCAAAACUUUUGAAUUAUACAACCACAAUCAUGCCUCCUGUGGUUCAUUGAAAUUGCUAUCAUUUAAAAUAAAUCAAAAUCGAAAUUUUUUAAGUUAGAUUGCAAAAACUCAAAUAUAAACCAAUAUUUUUUUUGAAUUCACUUAGAACUCAAUCAAAUUACAUCACAUGUCUCACUAAUAAUUAAACAUUUUUUAACAAGUCCUGACCCUGAUUGGAUCAUAACUAUUUUAGUAUAAUUAAACAAAUUCAGGGAAGCUCUUUGGUUUUGGUGGCACCUAUCAAUAAACCCUAAAAGACUAUUUUGAGAUUUCCAAAGAUUCAAAUGGAAUUCAAGAAAUUUGUGCUGAUUACACUAAAACUAAAAAGGAAAUUGAAUUUGGAACUAAGGUUUAAUUAACUCCUGCGUUAUUUGAAAUAGUUAAAUAAUCUGAACUAUUCAAACCUAAUUUCACAGUUGGAUUAUUACUAAUCUUAGAGGAGAUCGCAGACGCUGAAAAGUUAAAGCUAUUUUUAAGUCAUUAACUUAUUUUACCAACAAUUAUGAUAAUUAUUACGCUGAAAGAAAAUGCCUAUCAAUUAUCUUCAAUCAUUAAAAACUAGAACAAUAUGAAUAAGGUGAGACUCUGUUCCAUGAAAGAGGAUGAUAAAAACAGCAUUCAAAUAUUAAGAGAGGAAAUAUUUACAAUAAUAGAAUAGGAAAUUAGAGAGUUUUACAAUGUAAAUAUAUGAUGAUAUUUAAUUUCAUAAUUUGUAAUAUUUGAGAUUAAUUUAUUAUGAUAAAA